AGCACGUUCCAGGGCCAUUUGUCGUCACCCCUUGAUUGCAUUCUCCUGAGUGGAACAGCCUCUUACCCCAUCUCCUUCCCCACAUCUCCCAGCUAUGGAGGGGUGGUCGCUGAAGCGAGGCGCUCCGGCGGGGGGCUCUGGCUGCCAAGAAGAUCGCGGCGGGCACCGAGGAGCUGCUCGCCCAGAUUCUCAAACUCGUAGCUGCCCUCACGCUGAAGAACAGCCUCGAGAUUCGCGAGCUCCAGGCGGCAACUUUCGUGAUGGUGUUCUGCCAGACAGACAACUCGUACAUUGCAGAGGCCCGGCCCACGAGCAAGCAGUACGCUGACGCUUGCAAGGCUGCGGCCGAGGGCAAGGGCUCGAAACCUUCGGGUGAGCCCCAUGUGCAUGUCUGGGCUAAUCUCACAGCCAUGGCGGCAACAGAUGAGCAUUUGACAAAGGAAGAGCGGAAUUUGAUCACCAAUCACCGAGCUGCUGCAGCGGAUCCAGAUGCCCUGGUCCAUGUGGUGCACGUGUGCAAGGUGCGCAAAGCAUUCCGGGACUCCAAUAAGAAGCUCUUUCUUGCCACGGCUCCAGAGGCCAAGCAGCUGACCAACAUCAUGGUCAAAGCUAUCUGCGCUGCCGGCGGGGUGCAGAAGUACGGCCAGGCGCCGCGCUCGGGAGGCGAGCGCAAGCUCCAGACUUUACUGGAUGAGCUUCGCAAGAUCGUCCCCGACGAUGCCGACAGGGACUGCAAGAUGUGAGGUAGCGCGUCGUGCCGGCUUCCCGUCUCCCUCUUCCUCUUCCCCUCCCCUCCCCCCCCGCCCUCCUCUCUCCUUCCCCCGUGAUCAGUGUAUUUACUGUCAUCUUAUGUGCCUCCGGGGAUUUGGGGCACCAACAGACUCGCGGCGAGUCCCUCGGCGCCCUGUGCCCGCCGUUCCGUCUCCUGGCGGGGCGUGCCCAGGACCCGCCGUGAGGGCAUCCGCCCGUUCGCUUUCGUGGGGCGAGGGCUCACACGACCGGUUCCAGAAGCGCGCCUGCACGGUGCGCGGUGCUCUGCUCGGGACUAUUGUUUCCCUCACGCAGUGGUCAGUCAGUCAGUC